AUGAGAUGUGAGCCCCCAUCGAAGGCUUACAACAAGCUGAAGCGGGCCGUUCUCCAGCUGCUCACUCGAGAGCUCAGUGAGUUCCAGAUCCAGGAGCUAAGGGCCAAGUUCAUGGCCCUGGACACCCAUGGAGAUGGGCUCCUCUCUCCCGAGGAGUUAGUCGAAGGAAUGCGGCACGUCGGUUACGAGAUGAGUGAAAAGGAGCUGGAGCAGGUGAUGGCUGCCCUGGACGGCAGCGGCAGCCAGCGCAUCGGCUACAAGGAGUUCAUCUCUGCGCUGAUCGAGCGACGGGUGAAGUUCGACCGACAACAGCUUUUCGAGUGCUUCAAGAAGUUCGACAAGCAAGGCAUCGGACGAAUCACGUACCAGGCAGCUGUGUUUCAGAUGUUUCUGAACCUCUCACCCUCGAUUGCCAAAAUACUGAAACCUGAAUGUCUACGCUUGAAACCUGACUUCGGCCUUGGGUUCCGGUUCGACACUUGGGAUUUAGUAGUUGUAUGGAUUGAGAUGUUGGAGGGACUUUGCCUUCCCUGGUUGAUGGUAUUUACCAGAUUGGCCAUGUUACUCAGCAUACUUCAGGCGAAAAGCCGUUUCCAAAAAGGACAACGUAAGCAAGCAUCAAACAGUGAUGUGGCGCACCCUACCUCGAGAAUCAUAGUUGCCAACAUCAGCAUCUCAUCGUCACCAAAUUUCCUGGUCACUCUCAUCCUCACAACCGCUGUCAUCUUUUUCGUUGCUUGUGUUUUAUGGUUCUCACACGUGAGGUCUUGA